AUGAUAAUUUGGUUCAUUUAUUUUUUUAUUUUUUUAUUUUUUUAUUUUUUCAAAAAUUUUUGGGUGGCAAAAAUAAAAUUUCAAUUACCAAAUGAAAAAGAAGAUAUAAUUAAAAUUUGGGAAUACUUUAAUAAACACUCCUUUAAACAAAUGAUACCAAAUUAUGAUAUUCUCAUUGAAUUCCUUUCAAGUGUAACAAAUAUUAUUCCACCUUUAGAAUUGAAAAUAUCUAAUAUUAAAGAGCCACUAUCUGGAAAACUUGGAACAAUUCUAUUAAUGCAAUUAUAUAAAAAGAAUUUAAAUGUAAUUGAAUUAUUAUUAAAAAGUUUUGAUAAUUUUAAUUUUAUACAUCAACCAGAACAAAUGUCAGCUAUUGUAGAUAAAGAGAGAAAUUUAUUUCAUAUUUCUGGCGAAUUAUUCCAAGUUGAUAAAAAGUUUAGUUUUCAAAUAAUCAGAAUAAUUAAAUUGAUAAUGGACAAGUUUAAUAAACUCACUAAAGAUCAAAUCAAUAUUGAAAAUAUUUCAACAACAACAUAUCGCCUCUUUUUAAAUUAUUUAUAUGAUCAAUUACUUAGAGUUAAAGGUUUGACAAUUGAUCAAUUAGAAUAUGUUAGAUCAAUUAUUCCUGAACAAUUAUUAAAUAAUAAUUUUGAAACCUAUCGUAUCUUUUUCUAUCUUAAUAUCAGAUCUUCAAAAUUAUCAAAUUACCUAAUCAAAAGACCUGGAAUUACAUAUUUUAUUCGAAAUUCAACUGAACUCCUUUAUAAUAAUUUCUACAAUACUGCUGAACCAAUUACAGAUGAAAUUAUUGGUUUUGAUUUAAGAAAAUAUUUAAAUUUUGAAUUAUUCACAUAUGAUUAUAUAUUAGGUAGAGAAUUAAAUCAAUAUAAUAAUAGUGGUUGUAGUGGUUGUAGUGGUUGUAGUAGUAGUAGUAGUAGUAGCAGUAGUAGUGGCGGUGAUGAUGGUAGAAAAAAUAAUAAAAAGUAUAUAACUCAAUUCGAUACAAUAUUAAAAGAAUUAAUUAAACAAUUAUCAUUCAAUAUUUGUACCAACUUUAGUGAUAGAGAUGAAAUUGUUUAUGAAUUACCAUCACCAUCAACAACAACAACAACAAUUGAAAGAACUUUUUUAAAAAUUGAUAAUUUUGAAAAACCAAUACCUAAUAAAUCAACGAUUAAAGUUAAUUGGAAUUCAGAUAAAUUAAUUCAACUAUUCAAACCAAUUUCAAAACUUAUAAAUUCAUUUAAAUAUUCAGAUGGUGUUAUGGAAUCAAUUUGUAGAGUAAUGAAUUUCAAAAGUCGUUGUUUACAAUUCCCAUUGGUUUUAUUAAAUUCUUUUUCUAAAUACAUUUGUAAAGAAAAGAAUAUCACAAGAUAUAAUCAAUUCAUUCAAAAUGAUAAUUUACAAAUUAGAAAACAAGUAAUUAAAAAAACAAUUGAAAUAUUAAUUGAUCAAUUCUUAUUAAGUGCAGAUAAUAAUGAUUAUUAUGAUGAUUACGAUGAUGAUGAUCAGAAUUUUGCAUCUAUAUUAAAAAAUAAAAAACAUAAAGUUUCACUCAUUCAAUCAAUUAUUGAACAAUCCGAUACUCAACUAUACUUUAAAUCAGCUUUAGAUCAAAUUUUAACGAUAGUAGAAGAGAAAAGAAAAUUUAUGAAAUUAAUUCUCCAUUCAAUGAAAAUCCUAGAAAUCCAUUCUUACAAUCUUUUAUUUUUGGUGAUAUUAAAACUUGUAAUAUCAUUCUUAAAUAUUAUCCAAAUCAAUUCAAAAUCACUAAAGAUUCAAUCACUGAAACAUUAA